CGGAAGCGCUUUCGGGUCGGCAUCUGCAGGCGGAGGAGCGGCGUGUUUCGAGGAGACUGUCACCAUGGCUCGAAAUGCAGAAAAGGCCAUGACAGCCUUAGCGAGAUUUCGCCAAGCUCAGCUGGAGGAAGGAAAAGUUAAGGAACGAAGGCCUUUUCUUGCAUCAGAAUGUAAUGAACUGCCUAAAGCUGAGAAAUGGAGACGUCAGAUUAUUGGUGAAAUUUCCAAGAAAGUGGCACAAAUUCAAAAUGCUGGUUUGGGUGAAUUCAGAAUUCGUGACUUGAAUGAUGAAAUUAACAAACUUCUGAGAGAAAAGGGACACUGGGAAGUCCGAAUAAAAGAGUUGGGAGGACCUGAUUAUGCAAGAAUUGGGCCAAAAAUGCUGGAUCACGAAGGAAAAGAAGUUCCAGGAAACAGGGGCUACAAAUAUUUUGGAGCUGCUAAAGACCUACCUGGUGUUAGGGAGCUUUUUGAAAAAGAACCCCUUCCUCCUCCAAGGAAGACUCGAGCUGAACUCAUGAAGGCUAUUGAUGCAGAAUACUAUGGCUAUAGAGAUGAGGAUGAUGGUGUUUUGGAACCACUGGAACAGGAACAUGAAAGAAAAGUUAUUGCAGAAGCAGUGGAGAAAUGGAAAACAGAGAGAGAAGCACGACUGGCAAGAGGGGACAAGGAAGAGGAGGAGGAGGAAGAAAACAUCUACGCAGUAAAUGAUGAUGAGUCUGAUGAAGAAAGUGGAAAGGAGAAGGAAGGUGAGGACAGCCAGCAGAAGUUUAUUGCUCAUGUCCCAGUGCCAUCACAACAAGAGAUUGAAGAAGCGCUCGUCCGAAGAAAGAAGAUGGAACUUCUUCAGAAAUACGCCAGUGAAGCUCUUAUGGCUCAAAGUGAAGAGGCUAAAAGGCUUCUAGGACUGUAAAUAGUACUUGUGACACUUCUGUUUAUAAUCCAUCCUAGAACAGUGGAUGACUUUGAGCCGCUACUUAAAGCGCUUCGAUUCUGGAGAAUGUAAUGUCCUCAUUGCCAGUGCUUAAAAUGGCAAGUGACCUUUUCCUGAGUAGAUUUCUUUGCAGCACCUCAGUCCUAGUAAGUUUUAUGUUCAGCCUUCCCAAAGACUCCAGAUGACCAGCGACCUUGCCUUUAACCUCUCCUUUUCCAGUUACCUUGGCAUUUGCUUGAUUUCUACUUUAUGUAGCAGUUUCUGCUGUGGUAAAUGCUGUUGGGUUAGAAAGUCCAUAUUCUAAUAUGGAGUAGCAUACAAUAGCAUUUAUCAGAAGGCUUAUUUCGCUUAACCUUUGGGAUAGAAUGGGAAGGCCCAUUUUAUAGCUGUUGGAACUGUAUUGUUCUGGUUUUGCAGCAGAACUGAAGUGCUCCACCCAAACAAUGCUGUUUUCAGUAGCAUGUUCAAAGCUCUUCAGAGUAGCUGUUCACGUGGCUGGAUUUCAAAAGUGCUGGAUAUUUCAGCGAGUAAUACUGUAAAUACUGCUUCACCUUUGUAAUUCCUCAAAACUUUUUUUCAGUAAAACCUUUUU